AUGAUUCCAUUAAGAUAUUUAAAAGCUCCAGCAUUAGCAAUUGCUAAGAGAUCCAUCACAUCAAUUACUUCUACUUCUUCUAUUGCAUCUCGUUAUUUAUUACCAUCUGUCUCAAUUUUACCAAGAUCAUUUCAUAAUUCUAGUAAGUCAUCCAUCAAUUCUACUUUACCAAGAUUUUACAGUGUUUUAACUGAAGCUCCAGAAGCUAAAUUGUAUAAGUAUAAAGAUAUUAAAGAAGUUAUUACACAUCCAGAAAAUCAUCCAGAUUCAAUUAUAGUUGAUGUCAGAGAACCAAAUGAAUUUGGAGAUGGUCAUAUACCAGGAGCUAUAAAUAUUCCAUUUAAAAGUAGUCCAGGAGCUUUAGAUUUACCUGAAGAAGAUUUUCAAGAAAAUUUUGGAUUUCCAAAACCAAGUACUGAUAAAGAAUUAAUCUUUUAUUGUCUUGGUGGUGUUAGAUCUACUGCUGCUGAAGAAUUAGCUAAUACUUUUGGUUAUAAGAAACGAGGCAAUUAUGUUGGUAGCUGGGAAGAUUGGAUAGCAAAUGAAAAUAAAAAUGAAGCCAAAAAGGAUUAA